AACAGGACGGUUGCAAAAAAUAAGCUCUUCAAACUUUUCUCUCAAACUACUCUUAUAACCAUAUUAUUCUACUAUUCUUAUUACUCUCAUCUAUUUUUAUGCUUUUGUGUCUUCCUCAUUUAAUAUAAACCAAAUUAAAUUUAGUUCAUACUAAACCAUUCGCUGUUUUUACUCAGAUCUGAACUACCAAAAACCCUACAAUGGCUGCUACAAACAUUAACAUUCUGAAAAAUCUAAAUGUCCCGGACAAGGAUAAAUUCUCUGCUGUACUUACAUUUGUGAAAUCAUUCGGUGAAGUGGACGCUUCCAAUAAAAGUUCUAUACUUACCAGAAUCAGAGGAAUUCCACUCUUAGACACCUUAGAUCGUAUGCUCACGGAUGAACAAUGGCUAGAUGAAACAUCGGGAGAAGACAUUGGUACCUGCUCAAGAUUUCUACACGAUAUUAAAACUUAUCUAAUCGAGGAAGAAAACAUUUUGCUUGAUCGUCCUGGCACAUCUAUGGAUGGGAUGUCCAAUAAUCAACAAAGACGCAAUACAUGCCAGCAAUAUGCCAAAAUGACGGUUCCAAAUACCUGGAUAAAUGUGGAAAACAUACAAAUCUGGCCAUUAAUCAUACUCAAAACAUCGGCUCCGAUAAAAAGACCUCUUAACAAGACGAAACCACAAGCAAUGCGAAGUAUAGUGGAAAAAAUAUUAGAAGACACAGCUGUUGACGCCGGCGGUAUCAUCGAAAUAGAAGAAGGCCAUUCCAGCAUAAAGAUUAAAUGCGACAGUAUUGCCAGUAGAACAAGGAUCUUACGUUUCCUAACACCAAAACUACCUAGAUGGACUCUGACCAUACCCCCAUUAAGAGAUCCACUAAUCAUGAUUAAAAAUGUUUCAAUUGAUCCAUCAAAAGAACUGGCUCUGAACAAUUGGCUUGCCAAACUUAUAGCCAGAAACGGAUGGCAAAAUCCGGACAACAAGAUACGCAUCACUUACUGGUUCAAAAAACCAAAUGGAAUAGACCUACUCCUAUCUAUACCUCCGGUUAUAAGAGAAAAAAUUGAACGCAGAAAUGGAUCAAUUAAUCUUGGAUAUCGCCUAGCCCAAGCAAUAGAUUAUUUUGACAUCAAAUUUUGCACUACAUGUUGCUCGUAUGGCCACUCAACAACUAAAUGUGCUCUCAUCUCAAAAUGCGGAUAUUGUUCAGAAGUUCAUGGUAAAACCUGUCCUGUUAAAAACGAUCCAACUCGUCACCGCUGUCCAAACUGCUUCAAACAAGGAGAAAAUGCAUUCGAUAAAAAAUGCCAAGUCUACCAAACCAAAUUACGCCAUGAAAUGGAAAAAACGAACUUUAAUUACAAAUUCAUCAUGGCCUGAUACUUUACAAAUUAUAACCUACUCUUCUCUAAAAACAACUGAAAAUCUUUUUACUUCACAUAAUAAUGAUAACUACUCUCAUCUAUCCGAAAAUACAGAAAACUUUACAACUUACUAAUCUUUUUCUCUGCCUUUCAGCCUUCUUAACUUACUGAAAUUUCCGUCUUAAUCUGUUACCAAAAAUUUUUUUUCCAAAGACUUAAGAACUUAAAACUCGUAAAACCUUUGUGCUCAAAGGCUAUUUGACUCCUAACUUAAUUACAAACUAACUUUAAAGUGUGAACUUUUUUUGAAACUUUUUUGUUUACACAGCCGAACUCUUUUCUUCAUAACCAAUUAAAAUAAAGAUCCUAUUUCAAAAAUAAUCUUACUCUCACUACUAUCGCUAAUUGGAUUAAAAAUUAACUCCUGAAAUAACCGUGAGACCACUUUCCAACUCACUGGGGUUGAAAACUAAAAAUUUACCAAAUAGACUUCUACUCAUCUCUCACACUAACAUGAAACAUCAGAAGUAUCACAAGAUCAACCACUCAUUAGUAAUUUGAACUUCCAACAAGCCCCAUCUCAUUUCCAAACUACCCUGAAAAAGUGAAUAUGCUAUCCAGUCGAUUCCAAGAAAACACCCACUCAAAAAUUUUACGUGAACUCCAAUCAAACAGACUGAACUGGUAUCCCAUCAAAGGUGUCAAACCAUUAUAUUACAUCAUUCUUAAACUUCGUGUCACAGCUAACCCUUUCAUAGACAAUAACGAAAUCUCCAACCGUGUUCAACUCAUCACUAAUCUCAUUGACCGUCCUCUUCGAAAAAUCAGAGAGAUUAAACGAAGAGGUUUUACAAUAACUUUUUACUUCAAUACGGAACAAUUUCAACUAGAAUUCCUUGAAGCCAUACGGGAAAAUCAAACAGUGGAAAUCAAAAAAGUAUUCAAACCUGUCAACCCACUAAUCAAGAUCAGUGUACCGAGAACCAUUAACGAUUAUACCAAGGAGGACCUAACCACCCUGAUCACAUCACAGAACAAUUGGACUGCCGACACCAACACAAAAGUACUCCAUAUACGAAAUCAAGAAAAUCGUAAAACAAUACUAAUAGUCCAACUGAGUCCUGAAAAUCGCAUCAAAUUAUCUGACGCUGACUUCUACGUAAACUUAUUUCUACACUCAUCUCAAGCCUGUGAUCUUCUACUAAGCAUCAUCUGUGAGAAUUGCUGGCAAUUCGGCCACUUUUAUAAUAAUUGUAACAAUCAAACUAAAUGCAAAAACUGCUCUGGUCACCACGACCACCGUAUUUGUGAGGAACAAAACAUACAAAUAACGUGUGCCUCCUGUUCAUCAAACAACUCUAACCACCAAACCGCAACCUGGGACUGUCCCAAACUCGAACGAUAUGUCAGAAGAGUCACGGCAAGAAUCAACCUCGGUACAGAAUGGCUUAACCUGUCCCCAGACUUCCCUCUGGACUUUGGAGUUCUUCCACCUCAACACCCACAAGUCGAUAGACAAGACUAGAUUCAUGAUCUCGGAAACUCUAAAGGCAAAACAACGUGUGAGUUCAAUUGUUGAAGCGAGCCGAUACUCAUCCCUUACCUUUAUUGAAUCACCAAAUAUCAUUGUCAAUGAUCAAAGCAUUCUAGUUGUCUCAUCGGACCUCAAAAUUGUCGCCUACGACACCUCAAAUCCCAACCUAAUUGUUGCCCUCAUAUCCAAAGGCAAAAAAGCAAUGAUUAUAUGCUGUGUUUAUCUCAAUCCCAAUAAUGUUAAAAAACUUAUGCAAGUAUUACUUAACACAUUAUCAAAAUACAAGCAUCUUCCAUUCAUCUGUGCUGGAGAUGUUAACUGCGAACAUCCACUUUGGUCUGUCAAACGACACACCACUCCGUCAUCCAAACUACUAGCUGAAUUCAUAAUUAACAACUCACUAACCAUCUUCAAUAAACCGGCAGAUGACUCUAAUUUUACAUUUAAAAGAGGAGAUUGUGUUUCUUGGCUGGACUUGAUUUUUGGGAACGUAGACUACUGGGGAUUUGAUCUCUCGGAUGAACCCAUCUCUGACCACAAAAUGUUAAAAGUAUCAGUAAAACUCUCAGACAUCUUCUCCCAGAUCCUUAUCAAUAAUCACGCAUACAGAAAGCGUUCUCUAGAUAAAAAUCUUACAUGGAAAAUAGUAGAAAACUUCACCACAAACUAUGAGAUAGACAAAACAUUCGAUAGCCUACUUCAACUAAACAAGCAGAGUAAAAGAAUUAACCUUAACUCACACACAAACAACAGCAGAAUCAGAAAACUUAGAAAACGUAUAAAGAGCUUAAACAGAAACAAUAAACAAAAUUUCUCCCCUGAAAUUAAUGAGAUGAUAAAAGAUAUGAAAAGUAGGGAACAGGAACUCAGAAAAAUCUCAAAGAGAAACUUCAUCAGUUACAUUGCUCAGAAUCCGGGAGAUCAGAAACUCAUUUGGUCUGCAAUGAACAAAAUACUGAAACCUACAAACACCCUUACUCCUCUACUCGCCCCAAACUCCUCAAAGAUCGAGACGCUCAGACCCUUUGCCUUCAAAAAACCACAACAUACUUACACUUCGAGUAUUGAGAGCAACUACCUAACAGAAGAAGAAAUCAACAAAAUUGAAAACCUAAGAUUCAACAAACAAUCUGGUUUUGCUGAUAAUUUCACCCUCAGAGAUUGGCAACGCCUCUGGGAACUCCAUAAAGACAAAAUCAUUGAGAUGAUCAAAAAGACAUUCGAACUGGGCUACAUCCCUCAGUCAAUUAAGAUUUAUGGCGCUCAUUUGAUACCCAAACCAAAUGGCAAAUUCAGAGUAAUCCGUAUUUCCAAUUUCUUACUCAGGAUUUAUGACACUAUCAUAGUUGAUAGAAUCAAAGCAGUUCUUGACAAAGUUAUAAUAAAGCGAACUCAAUUCGCUUACCAAAAAGAUCUCUCAAUCUUCGACCUUCACAUCAUACUCUCGGAAUCAUGGGACACCUCAAAAACCAUCAUAUGCACUGACAUCAACCAAGCCUUCGACAAAGUUAAAGUAGAAUGUGCCCUCGAUGAGCUAAGAAAACAUCUCUCCAACUCCGACAUACAACUCAUCAGACAAUUUACUUAUGGACGUUGGCUCAAAACAAGAAUUGAAAAUGACUUCAAAUAUAAGCCUGACCCUGAUGGAGUCCCACAAGGCUCCAAAUCAGGACCGCUAUUGUUCAUCUGCGCCCUCAACAAAAUUAUCAGAAACGUCAAACAGAAAAAUCUCCAAAUUCUCGCAUAUGCCGACGACUUGUUUAUUUUAACAAAAAACAAUGAAACUGAAAGAGCCAUUAGAUUUGUGGAAGCUGAAUUAACAAAAGCGAACCUUACACUCAAUCGUGAGAAAACUAAGUUUUACUCUGAAAAAGAGAUGAAAGGCGAACCAUUCAAAAUAGUGGGAAUAUACUACAACCUAAAACCCUCAAUUGACAAUAUCGAUACGGAGAUAGAAAAUAACAUCAGAAUAAUCAACAUGAACCGACAAACGCUCACCAAACUUCCUACCAACAUUUAUAUCAAAAUCAUAAACGCAUACAUCUCCUCACUACUCAACACAUUACCACCCGCUUUUUUCCUAGAAUGUCAACAGUAUGAAGACAUAAUAAUAAAACUCUACCUGAGAGUCCAAUCGUGCCUAAAAGACAUCACCUGCUGCCCUAACCGCUUAUCAUACUGGACUCCUAGACUUAUUUACCACUUCGUAGACCCUGUUCAAAUAUGGCUAGACCAAGUCAUCACAGCCAUACUUAGAACCUCAUACAGAUUCGACCGAUGGCCAAUACUCAAGAUGUUUCAACCUCUCCCACUUUUUCCCAAAAAACCGUGCAUGGACUAUUUCUAUAAACAUAGAGUUUCAAGACCUGAACUACCACAAGUCGGUUAUAAGCUGAAAGACGACCUCAUACAAAUUAUACACCACAAAGGCUCUUCAUAUUACAAGAUCCAAAACCCAGAAAAUGUAGUAUCCAACCAUCUCCUAGCCAUAUACAUACUAAUGACCCUCACCAAAAACAAACCAUCUACAUACGUGGUACCAGACGCUCUCGUAAAAUACAAAAACUCGCAAACCGCUGAUCACGUAGCGUCCAUACUAAACAAGAAUGAAACCAAGAUGCUGUGGCUAAGCUGCUCAGAUACCAAAAACAUUUCCAAACCUAAACCCUCAGAUAAAAUAACAACUGUUAAACAAAACAUAGUUACCCGUACAGAUUUCAAAAACAAAUUCAAACAAACCCUGGAACAAUUCGCAAAAAAUAUGUACCUGACCAGCAACUCUCACACUCUAAAUUUUUUCAACUUUGAAAACCAAGUACAACACCGUGGAAGAAUCGGAGACCACUUUAUACGAAAAGUACUACUCCUCAUAAAUGACUUCUUGAUUAAAUGCUCACGCCGAGCUUUCUCAAAAGAUAAAGACAAAAACUCAACCCACUACCUGACCGAAUGUGGAUCCACAAGACACGUAUGGGAAAACCUACACUUUGGCUGGACCUUUGACGGUAACAGAAAGCGUGACGAGGAACGGAUUCGUGCCUUAGCAGAAAUCAUAACAAUACUGGAAAUGAAACUUACAAAAAACAAAAACAACACAGACAAACCUUGAAAUUACACUUCCCCUCUCACCCAAAUAUCUAAACAAUAACAAAUUUUCCUUAAAGAAAACACACACCCACACCAAAUAACAAUUCCUUUCAAAUUUACCCAUUGCCAAAACAAAAAACAAAAAUAAAACACCUGUAAAACAAAAGAAACAUAUGUAAACCACAAAAAACCAAGAAAAAACAAACCUCAGAGAAAAGUUCAUACCAAAAAACCAUUAACCCAAGCUGGGUCCUGCACUCAGAUAGUCUAUAAAAGACUAACUACAGCCAGUAAACU